AUGGAUUGGGCCUUUCUUCUCCCGUCCACGUUUAAGAUGCCUUAUACAUGGUACUCUUUCGGCGUUGAAAUGGAAUUCAUCGUUAAAUUUAGGAUUGAUGACUUUAUUCCUGAAGAAAAUAGGGGAUGCGCUCACCUCAUACAGUACCCGGAUCUAAUGCGGACUGUGUAUCGUCGGAUUGUCACAUUUAUGCGGGACCAUGGAUUCAUGGUGCACAACUAUCCUCCACAUUGCGUCAACUUGUCGUACUGGAAAGUUAAAAUACCACCCCCAAAUGUCCAAGUUGACGGAUUUGAUAUCAUCAGGGAUGAAUGGGGCUUUUGUCCAGUCAAGCUUGUGGCCCCGGUUAUGAGCUUUACAGGCCGUUCAUUUCACACGAUUCAGGAAGCUCUAAACUCUUUGACGGGGGGGUUCGAUAUUCUUACCAACAACUCAUGCUCGUUGAACGUGCAUGUGGGCUCCAUAAUUGGCGAUAGAGAUGGCAAGAUAGAGGGACAUGAUUUACAGAGUAUAGGUUUCCGCCUUACCGCUCUAGAAAACCUCCUGGCCCUCGUCUGGAUGUACCAGAAGCAGCUAAACGCGAUUCAUCCCUCUAGCCGUGUCAACGAAGCUCAUGUCUUCACCCCCAGCGCCUUACUAUCCCAUUUAAACCCGCGUAUCGUGAAGCAACGGAUACUGGACUGCACCAGCACGCAAGCGUUAUGCCAACUUUGGGAUGGGUCAAAGGCACGCUAUCACCAUCCGCAAGGUAUAAUGGCGUAUAGCAUAGAGGGUAUGGUAGCUCACUCUACCGCUGGUGGUGCCAUGAUUGAAUCAGGGAACCGAACUGUGCGAUUUGGGCAGCACCGGGGCACGGUAGACCCAUCGGAGAUACAACACUGGGUGAUUCUCGUGGGCCGCUUGGUGGAGUUAGCUGACGAGAUUGUUCCGUGGUGUUGGCCAUUGAGUAUAGCGCUGAGGCGCAGUAAGAACCUGCCAGUGAAGCUUUGUGAGAUUAGCACCGUGCAGCUGCUCGAGGGGAUUAAGGUGCCCGUGCAGGCGCGUUUCUAUGCCAGGAGGUUGCAUACGCAUGAGACUGGCGUGAACGCUAGCGUUGCUGGGAGUGGCUUAUAG